AAAGAGCUGCAGCAUCAUCUUGCUGCAGAUGGUGUCACUGUGCAUCGCUCAACAAUACAGCGCACUUUACACAAGGAGAAGCUGUAUGGGAGAGUGAUGUGAAAGAAGCCAUUUCUGCAAGCACGCCACAAACAGAGUCGCCUGAGGUGUGCUUUUGCAAGAGAGAUGCUGCAGCUCUUUGGAGGUGGUCUGUGGAUUGUCCUUGACUGUUCUCACCAUUCUUCUUCUCUGCCUUUCUGAUAUUAUUCUUGGUCUGCCACUUCUGGUCUUAACAAGAACUGUCCCUGUGGUCUUCCAUUUCCUUACUAUGUUCCUCACAGUGGAAACUGACAGGUUAAAUCUCUGAGGAAACUUUUUUGUAUCGUUCCCCUGAACAACUAUGUUGAACAAUUUUUGUUUUUAGAUCAUUUGAGAGUUGUUUUGAUGAGCCCAUGAACACCUUGUGAAUAAACUCUGAAAUAACUUUUCUUUUCUGACCUCAAACAGUAGUCUAAGAACCUGGUGUGCUUUGACUUUGGCAGAUUGGUAUUUUAAUGGCGCAGUGCUUCUGCACCUGCUUGUUCACACAUUUACAGGAACAGCAAUGUUAUUUUAUUUUUGUAUUUUGUUUAUUGUUGAUGUAAAAUUUAUUUCUGUGUACUGCUGCGUGUCUUUGCGUGUUUGUGUAACGAGCAGACGUGUACACACAUUAAGUGUGCACACCACUACUUUUGUUUCCAAGAUGGCAAUGAACAUCUGGAUGCUGAUAUCUGUCUAUGUUGUAUUCAGUCAGUGGUGCACCUGUGUUUUCCGUUGCCAAGAUAGCAAUAACCAAGAAAUGUACCUAAACACAUCUCAUUUCCAGAUCACUACACCCAUUAGAAUAGAUAUAUUCACAAGCACUGUUGCCAUUUAAAUGACGCAGGUGGGUAGUGUGAAAGUGUGAAAAUAGACUGUUGGUGGGGUGUAAGAUAGCAAUGAACAAACUUUAGAAACUUGCUGUGUGUAGUGGAUUUUUUUAGUGUACUCAACUAUUAUACAUUAAUCUUUUUAUUACUACUAUACUCAGUGUGUUCAUUUUAAACACUGAAUUCUGAACAGACCUUCCUUUUUAAAGUGUGUUUGUGUGUGUGUCUGAGAGAGCGAUAGAGAGAGAGAGAGAGAGAGAGAGAGAGAGAGAGAUUGGCUGUGUUAUAGGGAGAACACUUCCUGAAGAGCAGACUGUGUGGGUGUGGCCAAGAGAGGGCAGCGAGAAUAAGAGAGGAAUACUAAAACGUCAAGCGGAGGAGGGAGGAGUGUGUGACGUCUGACCUGAGAAAGGGAGGAGAGAAAAAAGAGAGAGAGAGAGAGAGGAAGAACUUUUCCGAUACUUUUCUAUUUCUCCCCCUCCUUUUACUUUAAACAAAUAUCUUGCAGGGAAAGCGAGAAAAGCGUUGGAACGGCGAGGAGAGCAGUGUGGAGGAGAAGUGAAGGAGUUGAAAGAGGAAGAGAGAGAGAAAAAGAGAAGGAAAAACAAACAGACAGAUAGGCCGAGGGAGGGAGGGAGAGAGAGAGAGAGAGAGAGGGAGCUCCUUUGCAGAGCAACAGAUGACAGCAUUAAAAAUUGACACAGUGUGAAGCCUGGGGCCUGCUGACAGACCAGAGUAUAGCCGCUUCCUCCAGCAUGACGUCAGAACUGGACUCCAGUCUGACCAGUAUCGACUGGCUGCCUCAGCUGGGAAUCAGCUCCCUGCGCUCCGGGAAGGAGAGAGCGGAGAGGAAGCGCGAGCGAGGCCGAGACCCCGGCGCCCCCCCGGGCGUCCCCUCCACCUCACCCCCACCCAACGCCAAGGGGAAACCUCCACACAGCUACGCCACGCUCAUCGCCAUGGCAAUAGGCUCCGCCCCUGAGAGGAAGCUGAGCCUGAAUGACAUCUAUACCUGGAUCAGCGAUACGUUCCCUUAUUACAGCAGAGCCGGACGAGGCUGGAAGAACUCAAUCCGGCACAAUCUCUCCCUGAAUAAAUGCUUCCGGAAAGUUCCACGGCCACAGAGUGACCCUGGAAAGGGUUCUUAUUGGACCAUGGAUGGACCUCUUUACCAGCCUCAGCCCAGAGGAGUUAAGCGACCAUAUUCCACAGACGAGGUGGAGGAGGAGACGAUUCCUGAAAACACUCCAACUUCUGAGGACAAACCAAAUAUCAGUCAAAUAGAGCCCCUCCCACUUCCACCAGACAUCAAGACUACUCUGUCCCCACCUCCUUGCAAGCGCCCCUCAGUCACAUUUACUACAGCCACCACUGCCUCUCUCCCUGCGGCUGAUCAGCCACUCCGCUUCUCCUUCGCGGACCUGAACCUGCCAGACCUCUACAACUCAUUUCAGUCACUCUGUCGCUCCAUGAGGGAGAGAGUCACCUCGCAGUCCGACGUUCCCAAUUUACUCGGAAUACCCAGUGAUUUUACACCACUCCACACGCCAACCUUGCCUCCUCUGUCUCCUCACCCCUGUCCCAACCCCAACCACACCUCUAACACACACUCCAUUCCCACUAUUAACCCAAACACACACUCUAUUCCCACUUCUAUCCCAAACACACUUUCUAUUCCCACUUCUAUUUCAAACACAUACUCCAUUACGACUGCUAAUCUGCAUGCACACUCCACUUCCACUGCUAAUCCUCACUCACACUCCUUUCCCACUUCUGUCCCAAACACACACUCCUUUUCCCCUGCUAACAGCAGUCUAAUUCCAUCUGCUAAUCCCCACACACACUCCUUUUCCACCUCUGUCCCAAACACACACUCCUUUUCCACCGCUAAUCCAACCGCACACUCCAUUCCCACUUCUGUCCCAAACACACACUCCUUUUCCACUGUUAACUCCCACACACACUUAAUUUCCACUGCCAACAGCAGCCCCAUUCCCACUGCUAACCCUCACACACACUCAAUUUCCACUGCUAACCCCCACACACACUCAAUUUCCACUGCUAACCCCCACACACACUCAAUUUCCACUGCUAACCCCCACACACACUCAAUUUCCACUGCCAACAGCAGCCCCAUUCCCAACACUAACCCCACCUUCACUACUAACCAAAACCAACAGACCCACGCUGAACCUGACAGGCUGCUACACAACAACGUUGUUCCUGCUGACUGGUUCAGUCAUGCUGACUCUCUGAGAGAGAGUUUCAGGAUUGCUAGCAGUUUGGAUUGGUCCAACAUUGAUCUCACCAGUUACCCAGAUCUGGUGGAGAGCAUGCGUCAGGCGGAACUGUGCGACUGGGCUCUGGACCCGAACCUCUUCACCUCGCUCUGCGAUUCCCUCAACCGCUUCUUCACCCAGAAGGGUCUGAUCAGCUCCUCGUCCGGCAGCCAGCCCUCUCUGAGCCAGCUAGCUCAGCCCCCCGCCGGCAUGCCCCCUGCUGCUCCUCCCACUCUGGCCAGUUUAACUCACCCGUCUCCGCUGACCUUUCCCGCCCAGCACCAGCCUUUCAGCGGUGGACCUUCUCUGCAGAGCCCCCGGAAACCCCUGACCCCUCACAGCCACGUUCCUCAGAGAAACCUCGAGAACCAGCCGGCUACUAGCCAGCCCAUGCCUUCCAACGCCCUUCAAACACAGCCUCUGACUCCUAGAAGUCGACCUCCGAUGAAGCAGCUCCACAGCAACAGUGAGGAGAUCCAGGACGACUUCGACUGGGAUUCGCUGAUCGUGUGAAACACAUUUCAGUUUAAACACACAUUUUACAUUUCAUAUGACCACCUCCUCUUUUUGUUUCUACACUGACUGCCCAUCUUUCAGCUCCACUGAUCCUGUAGUUUUGUAUCUGUUUCUGUUCUGUAUACUUUAUUAGUAUCCUUCUUUCACCCUGUUCUUCAAUACUCAGAACCCCACAGUAUAGAAAACAACCACAGAGCAGUGAUUAGCAUGGUGGUGGUGUAUGAGGUGUUAGUGUGUCAACUAACUUUUAGAGUUAAAGCAGGCAGUACUCUUAAAUGUGCUGGGCAAUGGGUGGCUAGACCAAGAAUAAAGAACACUGCUUUAGUCUUUCAUUAGUUUAUUACUCUGUAGGCAGAAGUGUAGAUACUAAAGUUUAAAAUACUUCUGUAGAAGUUGAAGCAUCAACUCUUAAAGCGUUUUACUCUUUAAGUAAAAGUGUGAAAGUACUGCUCUAAAAACUACUUUAAUCAGGGGUUUUUAACUACAAGUAUUCUCAGUCCGGGACCCAUAUUUUCUCAUGAUCAUUAAGUUGCGACCCACUUUUAUAGAAUAGAUACAAAACAAAUAUAUUUUUUGAAAAAUAGCCUUCAAAAACUAAUUUAAAUAUACAUAUGCAUGCAAAAUAAAUUUAAGAGAAUUUUUAAAAUAAAAAGUAACAUGACAACUACAUGUAUAAAAGUCACUACAAUAAAAAUAAUUCUCAUAAAUAUAAUUCAUAAUAUAUAUAUAUAU